AUGAACAAUGAUGCAAUGGAGCAUACCCUUGGUGGAGGUAUACUUACCACAUCUGGGUCUAAGCAGAGAAAGACCUCUAAGUUUGUAAUGGGUAAAUAUACGUUAUACGAAACCAAAGAUCGAAUGUAUAUUGUUGGAAGCAAUAAAAGGGAAACCAUGUUUCGUAUUCUAGAAAUUGAUCUUACUGUGCCCCGUGGAGAAUUAACUGUGUUGGAGGAUAAUGUCUUCUUCACUAGAAAUGAAAUCAUGAAUGUACUAGCAAGUUUAGAAGAAGCAACUGAAGAUGGUCUACAUAAGAAAAUUACAGGAUACGGUCUUCUGGGAUUCAUUAAAUUCACCUGUUGGUACUAUUUAAUAAUGGUUACCAAGUAUAGCCAAGUUGCAGUGAUUGGCGGUCAUGGUAUUUAUCACAUUGAUGGUAUUGAUAUUAUUCCUAUUACGAACAACUAUAAAAAACCUGAAAAAAGUUCAGAUGAGGCAAGGCUAUUGAAUAUAUUUAAGGAUUUAGACCUAACAAAAACCUUUUAUUUCAGUUAUACCUACGAUAUCACAAAUACUUUACAAACCAAUAUAUUGCGAGAGAAAUUAAAAGCGGUUGACCGAUGUGAUAUUACAAUACCUUGCGGGAUAACCGACUAUAACGAAAUGUUUGUUUGGAAUAACAAUUUAUUAUCUCCUAUUUUUGCUUGUAUUGACACUGUUUUUGAUUGGUUCCAAUGCAUUAUACAUGGAUUUAUUGACCAGGUUAAUGUUUCAGUUUUGGGUAAGUCCAUAUAUAUUACUUUAAUCGCAAGAAGAUCUCACCAUUUUGCUGGUGCACGCUUUCUAAAGCGUGGUGUUAACAAUAAAGGACAUGUUGCUAACGAAGUCGAAACUGAACAGAUUGUAACAGAUAUGAUUUUGACUCCAUUCCAUCAACCGGGAAUUGGAUUUUUUGAUAGUGAUCGAUACACUUCUUUUGUACAACAUCGUGGCUCAAUCCCCUUAUACUGGACCCAGGAUGCGUCCAAUUUAACCACAAAGCCACCUAUAAGAAUCAAUGUGGUAGAUCCAUUUUUUUCUCCGGCUGCGUUGCAUUUUGAUAACUUGUUUCAAAGAUAUGGUGGCGGAACCAUUCAAAUACUGAACUUAAUUAAAACCAAAGAAAAGACGCCAAGAGAAACUAAGUUACUCUGGGAAUUUGAACAAUGUAUAGAUUAUCUGAAUGAAUUUUUACCAACACUAAAGAAAUUAGAUUACACCUCUUGGGAUAUGAGCAGGGCUUCUAAACAAGAUGGUCAAGGUGUUAUUGAAUUCUUAGAGAAGUACGCGGUAAACACUGUCACGACGACAGGAAUAUUUCAUAAUGGUCCAGACUUUGCUUCUACAAAGAUCCAGGAAGGAAUAUGUCGAAGUAAUUGUAUCGACUGUCUUGAUAGGACCAACGCCGCCCAAUUCGUCAUUGGCAAGAGAGCACUUGGUUGCCAGCUCAAAUCUUUAGGAAUUAUCGAUAAUAGUUAUUUAGAGUACGACUCUGAUAUCGUCAACAUACUAACUGAAUUGUUUCAUGAUCUGGGAGAUACUAUUGCAUUACAAUAUGGCGGUUCGCAUUUGGUUAACACCAUGGAGACAUAUAGAAAAAUAAAUCAGUGGAGCUCCCAUUCAAGGGAUAUGAUCGAAAGUAUAAAAAGAUUCUACAGUAAUUCAUUCGUUGAUGCACAAAGGCAAGAUGCGAUUAAUUUAUUCCUGGGUCACUACUCCUGGAGAGAAGGAUUUCCCUCUUUAUGGGAAAUGAAUACCGAUUUCUACUUGCAUAAUGCUUAUAGUCUUAAUAUGCCUAAAAGGAGCUAUACUCAUUGGUGGAAUGAUUACAACAUCAAAAGUGUAAAAGAAUUGAUUAAUGAAGAACUUAUUGCAACAGGUAAUGAUGUGACAAGAGAGAAAAUUAUAAAAAACGUAAGAGGUUAUCCUGGUGCCUUUGACAAUUACUGGAAUGAAUAUUAUCUGCCAAGAUCAGUAACUUGGAUUCGCGAUCUCUUUGCAUAUAAUAUGAAUUCAACAAGAAGAUAUCAUAAUGCUUUGUCCAAACAAGACAAGGCUAUGUCGCCGUUCACUUCUAGGAAGCAAAGUUGGCUGAAUAAUAAGCUAAAGAUGAUCACAUCCAGUAAGAGUUUAGAAAAGGCUGAAGGUAGGGUAGUUGAGACUACCGAUUUAGACAGAGAUACAUCUCCAAAGCAAGAAUUAGAAUUGUAUGAACAUUACCUGCACAUAAUAUCUGACAGAAGCCAAAAGUUGGAAGAGAAAAUGAAUUCAUUUUCGUAUUCAAAAUAUCCAAUUUUUAUCAGUCAUGAAAGUAGUGAGAUUCCACCAAUGAGAAAAGUAAUAGGAGAACCACUAGUUGAUAUUGCAGAAGAUUUCACUGAUGUAUACGAUGAUGAUGAUGAUGGCGACGAUGAGAAUGACGAGAUGACAACAGAAGCACUUCUUAUUGCUCCUGAUCAUGUGUCUGUUGACGAAAAAUUUUACGAAAAAGUCCUCAAUGUCGAUGAUUAUAAACCUGCUCUUGAUGACUAUUCUGCUGUUAUACACAUUAAGCCCGACAAUUUGCAGCUUUACAGGGAUUUGUGCUUUUCUAAAGAUAUACAACUUGAUUUUCAAUAA